UAGACACAAGCCCGCUCAAACAGGAGGAAAAGGAUUACAUUAUGAAGCGGGCUCGUCACACUAGAAAAUGGAAGAAAAUUUCAGACGAUUUACCAGGCCGUACGAGACUCCAAGUUAGAAAUUAUUAUUAUUCUACUAGAAGACGACGUGAUACGCAAAGCAUCCAAGAUACUCUGGCUUUCUCCACCACUAAUAUCAGUCCCGAGCCUGUGCAGUCGAUGUAG